CAUUCAGGAAAAGAGCAGGUGAUCCAGCCUUCAGUAAGGCACAUUCUUUUGCUGUUUUCUCCUUGUACCAUGACUUAAGGAAACCCCAAACCGUGUUCACCGCAGUUUUAUAGUCAUCCCUAGAAACUUUCUUCUGUUACUCGCAAUUUUAAUCUUUGCCUAGUCUUUUCUGUAUUCCCUCGUUGAAAGCAAUUAAGUGUUAAAGAUGGCUGCUAUUUAUUCUGGCAUUUCCCUGAAGCUUAAGAGCAAGACAACUUCCUGGGAAGAUAAACUGAAACUGGCUCACUUUGCUUGGGUUUCCCACCAGUGCUUUCUUCCAAAUAAAGAACAAGUAUUACUUGAUUGGGCGAGACAGUCGUUGGUGGCAUUUUAUAAGAAGAAACUUGAAUUGAAGGAAGAUAUUGUUGAAAGGCUUUGGGUCUAUGUAGACAACAUUCUACAUAGCAGAAAACUGCAAGAUCUGCUGAAGAAUGGCAAGACUAUUAGCCUUCAGAUUUCCCUGAUCAAGGUCAUCCAUGAGAGAAUAGCUGAGUUCUCUCAUUCAGGAUCCCAGAGAAACAUCUGUGCCAUCCUGAGCUGCUGCCAGGGCAUCCUGUCUACACCUGCCCUUGCUAUCAUCUACACAGCCCGACAGGAGCUGAUGGUGGCCUUGCUGAACCAGCUUUGCCAGUCUGCCUGUAGGCAACUAGAGGGAGCCGUUGUCGCCCAGUUGUUUGAGGUCAUUCACCUGGCCCUUGGCCAUUACCUCUUAAUCCAGCAACAGCAGGUCAACCCAAGACGUGCCUUUGGGGAUGUGACGGGACACCUACUCCAGCCCUGCCUGGUCCUGAGGCACUUACUCUCCGAGGGCACGUGGACACAGGCUGGCCAGGGCCAGCUGCGACAGGCCUUAAGCCGGGACAUCAGAUGUCAGAUUGAGACCAUGCUUCGAGGUGGAAUUUUUCAACCUGAGCUGCUCUCAUCCUAUAAAGAGGAGCUCUUGGACCACCAGGAAGGUGACACGAAGAUGGGAGCCCUCAAGAGUCUUCUUGCUCCCCUGGACACUGUAAUUACCAGGUUGGUAGAGGCUGGCGAUUGUGAACCAAACCUACAUGCCACGGUUGUGGCCAACUCAGUGGCCUUGCUGUAUAAGCUCUUCCUUGAUUCUUACUUCAAGGAGGGAAACCAGCUUCUCUGCUUCCAGGUUCUCCCCAGGCUUUUUGGGUGCUUGAGAAUUUCACACCUGCAGGAGGAGCGGGUAGCAGCCCUGUCUGCAUCAGAUUGGACCACUGAACUUCUCAUUGUGGAACAGCUGCUAAGCUCAGUGGCCAACAAUAAUAUCUAUAACAUUGCUGCUGACAAGAUCCGACACGGAGAUGUUCAGUUCAACUUUUAUCGCCGGUUAGCCGAGCUGCUGAUAAACCAUUCACAGGCACCUGUGCCGGCCUGGUUCCGUUGUCUCAAGAUUCUGCUGUCUCUGAAUCAUUUGAUUUUGGAGCCAGAUCUGGAUGACCUGUUGGCAUCAGCUUGGAUUGAUGCGGAAGUAACAGAGUUUCGAACCAAAAAAGCCCAAGAGGCACUUAUUCACACACUCUUCCAGACCUAUGCCAAACUGCGACAGGUGCCGCGGUUGUUUGAGGAAGUCUUGGGGGUGAUCUGCCGUCCAGCUGCUGAGGCCCUGCGGCAGCCUGCACUGACCUCAGGCCCCUCAGCAGUGCUCCGUGAAUGCCUUCUGGAGCUGUCGCCAGGGCAGAUCCUGGACGCCUGGGCCCUUGUACUGGAGAAGUUCCAGUCUCUGGUCCUGCCCUGCUUGCACAGUGAUGUUGACAUGGCUCUGAAGUCACUGUCGCUGAGCUCACUGCUGCACUGCAUCAUGUUCAACAUGAAGAGCCUGGACAGCAGCACACCCCUGCCUGUCAUCAGACGAACACAGUGCACCAUGGAAAGAAUGCUGCAAGAACUGGUGAAGCCCCUGCUGGCCCUUCUGGAGCCCUCGGACCCAGAACCUGAGCUGUGGCUGCAGAAGGUCAGUGACUCUGCCCUCCUGCUCUCCUACACCUGGGUUCAGGUGGACACCAUGCUUAGUUUGAACUGUAGCCACUAUCGCUCCGUGUCUGGAGCCAUAACGGGGGCUGCUUUGAAAGCCUCAAGCCUGCCUCCGUUGCUCCCAGGCGUAGAAACCCAGCACUGGAAAGAGGUAGAGAAGCUGACAGCUCAGUUCAACUCCCUUGGGAGGUACUGCUUGGAACAACUCUACCUUCAGAAAAUGAGACGGACUCUGAUGCAAACCAGCUUCCGGUCUCAGGAAGCCCUCCAGGCUUUGCAAACUGAUGCUGCUUUUAUUGUUGGUUCCGGUAGAGAAAGCUUAAAUCAGACGACAGGGGCUUCCUGGGAUGGCCAGGUCGGGACAGUGAGUGCAGUCACAUACCCUGUAGCACACUGGCACUUGAUAGUAUCAAAUCUCACCAUUGUACUGUCUUACCUUUGCCCAGACGAUGUGUGCCACCUGGCCACUGUCCUGUUACGGACGUUGCCUGUGAACAAAGGCCAGAAGGUCUUGGCAGAUGAAGAGCCGUAUAUUACACUUGGAAAAAUAUCCAAGGGCGUCCUUCACAGCCCUCUCUUUCCGGAAAUGCAGUCCCUUCAUUCUGUCUUCUUACUCUGCCUGAGUGAGAGAUGUUCUAGCAUUCUGCGCUCAGGUAUCCAGGGAGACCUGGCGCCUCUCAGUCAGAAGCUGCCUUGGCUUUUCAAAAAAGACCUCAUGGUUGUGGCUCAUUGGGAAAAGAGACUUGCCAAAGUGGAAGCUGAAGGUGUAGAAUCCAGAGGAGAAAUUGCCCAGAAUUUACUUUUGCUGAUCAGGAGGGACUUCCCCAUCAGGCUGGAGGACAAGCAGUUAGAAAGCCUCCUGGGGUCUUUGGAAGUGAUUUCCGCUCUGCAGCUGGACAGCCUCGGGCCUCCCUACCACGUGCAUUACUUCCUCCUGUUACUGCUGAUGGCCCUCACCAACACUGAGCACACUUGCUCCUCCUCUCUGGUCCUCAGGUUCUUGAUGACCUGCUUCCAGCUUCUUGGCUGCCUGCAAAGGGGAAGAAGCGCCCGCUUGGUACUCAAGGUCAUUUACGUUAGUGAUAUUUUUGAGAUCACUCUGACCUCGCUGUUCAAAGCCAGCAGUAGGCUCCUGAUUGAGAUGGAUGACCCCUUGUGGCUGGAAUUCCUCCAAGUGAUGGGGAUGUUCUUGGAGCAGCUGAUGCAAAUGCUCAUCCAGAUAAAGCUGAGCUUGGUGCUCAAUUUUGGAAAAAUUGCUGCAUUCCUCUCAGGGUGCAAACCCUACACAGAGACAGCAUCCCGGAAAGAGUUGGAGAAACAGAAUGCUCUGGGCAGACAACUCCUUCUGGUGUCUUUAACCAAGGUGUGUCAAGUUCUGGGGCCUUUCAUCCAAGAGCGCAAGCAGACCCAAGAGGCCUCCGCGGCACUGCCCGAGCUGCUGCAGCAGGCCUUGCUGCACAUGGGCGCCGUGCUGCAGCUCUGCUCAGCACCAGGGCCAGGGGGCCAGCACCUGCCCUCGGCGCUCCUCCCAGCUGUCAGCACACUCUUGGAAGUGGACCUGAGCCAGCAGUGCAGCAACGGAGGGACCGAGAUUGCCCAAGAGCCAGGUAGAGCGCUGUUUGCCCACACUGUGCUCUACCAGGAUGUUUACACUCAGAUACUGAUGGAGCUGCCAGACCUUGCAGGAGAUGCUCCGUCUUUCCAGGCGGCCUUGCAGUUUCUAACUCUGUUCUUUUCAGCCCCAGAACUCCAUCCUCAAAAGGAUUCCGUUUUUAUCUCUCUGUUUCAUUCUGUGAGCAAAGUUCUUGCAGAUCCUGUUCAGGUAACUGAGGAAAUUGAGCCUCACUUGGGGACCUUGUUCGCCAAGAUGUUGGAGAUGGGGACUACAGACGACUUUCGACUGGUGAUACGCUCCAUCCUGCAAGGAUUAGACGUCAGGAACAUGUGGAAAGCAGAGCUGCAGGCUGUGUUUUCCUCUCUCACCUUGCUCAAGCUGCUGCUGAGCUGCCCACUCAGCGGAGAGAAGGCACGGUUGUUGUGGCGGGCAUGUCCCCAGAUGGUCACAGCUCUGGCGCUGCAAAACCGAGAGGCCUGCCAGGAGCAGCCCACGUCCCUGCCAGUGGUGGGCCCUCUUUUGGACGUCCUGGCUGCCUUGCUGCGGCAAGGGGAGGAGGCCAUCAGCAACCCCCAUCACGUCAGUCUGGCCUUCAGCAUCCUGCUGACCGUGCCUGUGGACCACCUGAAGCCCCCCGAGUACAGACGUGUCUUCCUGAGGGUGCACAAUGUGCUGUUUGCCAUCCUGCAGUGUCAUCCAAAGGUGAUGCUGAAAGCCUUCCCUUCUUUCAUUAACUCUUUUAAUAGAUUGGUGUUUUCAGUGAUGCAUGAAGGGAAACAGAAAGACAAAGCAGGCACAGACCACCUGCCGGUGGUCCUGGAGUGUGCACGCCUGGUGGAAAGGAUGUACAGUCACAUUGCUGCUCAAGCUGAGGAGGUCGCUGUGUUUUCUCCCUUUAUGGUGGCCCAGUAUGUGACAGAGGUGCAGAAGGUGACCUUAUACCCGGCUGUGAAGGGCCUGCUGCAGGAGGGUAUCUACCUCAUCCUAGACCUCUGCAGUGAGUCCGACAUCCAGUUCCUGCGGGCCUCACUGCAACCUGGCGUCCGGGACAUCUUCAAGGAGCUGCACAAUGACUACGUCAAGUACCACAAGGCUAAACAUGAGGGAGAGAAAAGAUACACCGUCUGAGGCCUCGUUACAUACUGUGACGUCACCACUGUCAUUCCGCUGGGGCCCGCCUCGUGCUCUGAAGACAUUGAGACUGUACAUAAUCUAAUUUGCAGUGCUGAUGCACAUGGAGACUCCUGUAGGGUUUAUGCCACACAUUUUUUUGCCUUUCUUUGGACAGAGAGCCCCAUCAUCUGCUGGGAGGAGGCUGAGGCUGAGGCUGGGAACUGGAAACUUGACUCAGAACUCUCACAUAUAUGGAAGGAACCCAAGUAACUGAGCCAUUACCAUUGCCUUCCCAGGCUGUGCAGUAACAGGAAGCUGGAGUCUUCACUGCUAGGCCAAGUGCCUGCCACUGACUUUAAAAAUACUGUCUUUCUAUGCAGGAGAAUCCUGAAGCAAGGCACACUCAGCAGAGGGAUGGCCACCUCCCAUGACCACUCUGAAUGUGGUUGCUUUGGUGGCUUGCUGUCAUACGCUCCCCACCGGGAACUUGGCAUAGUUUUUUUUUCCUUUUCCUUUAGGUACAUGGAUAUCUAAUUAUAUCUAAUUAUAUCCUGUUUGAAUAGCUUUGCCCUUUAAUCAGACAACAAGAAACAUUUCGUGGAAAUGCCACUUUGUUCCUUCCUUCCUUCUGAGCCUCCCCAUUGGAUAGAACUGAGGAGGCCGAGAGAUCCUGGCCUGUAAACCACCGAGGUACCUGCUGCUGGACCAGACCGCGGGCAUCUUAGAGGUGCAAGGGCUCCUAGCCCACAAUUCCUGCUUCUGUUCUCUGAAGCUCAUGGUAGAAUUUUUUUCCUCUAUUUAGUGUAACUAAA